GAAAAACGUAAUCAUUCGGGUUUUUGUGUUCCAGCGAAACAAUAUGUGGCCGACAACAGCAGUUAGAAAAGGCAGCGGUCCAUUAAUAGCCAUUAUAGCUUUGACACUGAUUGGGGAUGCGGCAGCGUGUGCAAGAACAAUGCUAAGGACGAGCGGCGUAUCAGAUUACGAUAAAGAAUUAAUACUAGACUUGCACAAUGCAAUGAGGCAAUCGAUAGCACUAGGACAAAUAGGAGGACAACCGCCGGCCACUAAUAUGAUGGAAAUGAAGUGGGAUGACGAAUUAGCCAGAGGAGCGCAAAGAUGGACCAGCACUUGUUACGCGGAGCAGCACGAUAAGAACCGACACGUUUCGAGAUUUCCCGUAGGACAAAAUAUAGCGACAACGUGGACGACGAAACCGCCAAGGAGCUAUUACGAUACCGAGCCGGAUUUUGCGGACGCCAUAACGAAAUGGUUCAACGAAUUUAAAUUAUUCCAUUUCGGCGGCAUAGGGCCCGGCAGGACGGGCCAUUAUACACAGAUGAUUUGGGCCGAUACGAACCUAGUGGGAUGCGGAUAUUCGUUCUACUACGAUCCUUCCAAAGGCUACACCAAGAAUUACAUUUGCAAUUAUGGACCAGGGGGAAAUGUGCUAGGCCAAACUCCGUAUACCAAGGGAUAUCCAAAUUGCAAUGGGAACGGAUUAACCGACUCGACGAAGUUCUCCGGCUUGUGCGAUAAACCAUCAUCAUCAAAUUCUGACGAUUUAUUCUUUGGGAUUUCAAAUUAUUUGAAUGGCAAAUAAAGGAUUUCUAUGCAAGUAGGUUUUCUUGAAGUUAUGAACUAUUUAUGAUGAAUUUAAAAGUAAGAAGUAGAAUAUUAAAUAGUAAUAAAUAGCCUGCAGAAAAAAUUUCUGACAUUUAGGAAUUUUUGUAUUUUAUCAAGUAAUCUGUUAUUCGCAAGAAGAGGUGAAAUUUCUGAGAAUUUGUGGCAUUUUUUAUACUUACUUUGUACAUAACAUUGUAUACGUGCAGUAAAAUAAGAAUAUUACGUGUAAUUAUGUAUAAUUUUGUAAAUAAAAUAUUUAUUUUUA